AUGUCUCAACCUACUGUUAUCACUCCCUCCCCUUCCUCAACUCCCGCCGUUCCCUCAACUACGACGCCUGUCGCCAUUAUUGCCAAUCAAGUCUGGUGGAAACACUGUACCGUCGUCAUUGGCGACUUAGAUGGUCCUGUACUUGGUGGCAAAGGCCUCGGUGCCUCGAGUGACAUCGCGACAAAGCUCUUCCUGCCCAGCUUGGCCGACACCGACCCCAGCAUGGGUUUCUCGCUGGAGUUUCCACUUGGCCCGAACAACGAAGAUGAAGGCUUUGGCACACGCCAUGCUAUGGAUCGUGCACUUGGGCUGAAUGGUAGGGCAGUGCCGACUGAGACGCAUAACAUCACUGUCAAGUUUCCUCGCGACCAGUUCACCUCCCAGGUCGAGGCAAUCGAGCCUAGCAGCCACCUGAGUAGCCUGUUCCCCGAUUCUAGUACAGAGCUUUCACUGCUCAAGGUGUCGGUGAAUAAACACGCCCAGUGCAAGGUCCAAGGAUGGGGUAUGCCCUUCGCCAACCCAGGCCACGAGAGCGAGGGAUGGCUGAAUGGGAACAAACCUGUUGUCGGUGACAGCACUUUACUAAGUGUUUUGGAGCAGCAAGAGUUUAUUUUCGUCGUCUUUGCAGCCAAGGACAUUGUUCAAAAGGAGUGGACUGAGGCAAGGCUUCCUCCCCCCUUUAGCUACCCGUACGGAACGGAACACAGCUGGGAUGAGGAUCGGUACAAGACCAUGCUCAACAAGGCUAAGGGUGGUCGGUUUGCACCCGCCUGGUAUUUCGAUGACGACAAUGCCCACCUGGCUGUCUUGACGCAGUCUCAAGUACAGGACGUUUUUUGGGUUCACCAGAUUGCUCAAGACAUCAAAGACACGAAGUUUCGGGCAUACUUUGUCCCUCAUAAGACCAAACACGCUGCAUGGCGUCGUCUUACCCAAGAUGAAUUCCUUCAGCUCAAUCUUCACAAGAACUCCAGCGACGAACGACCAGCUAAAUGGGAUACCAGAUUGAUGCCGCAUCCUGGAAAAAGUUCUACUCUCAGUUCUCACCCCCUGAACAAAGACGAUAUAGUUCUUCUUGUCCGCCGGCCUCUGAAGGAGUAUACAGAUCGUGGUCCCGACUUCGAGGUCAAGAAUUUGGUUGCCCUAAACUUCGACCUUCAACUCAAGGAUGUUCAGCGAAGGGUUGAGGCGGUUUGCGUAUUCGACCCCAAUGCAACGCCGACCAACGUUGCCGCAUACGGGAUGCCAACUGAGGUACAGUCCACGAAUCCCAACACCCGCCCGAUCACAGUCCCAACCGACGCUCAGAUCAGAUUCCGCAUGGGUUUGCACCGAGACCUCAUGCGCGGCACUGGCUUCUACCCUACUUGGCGGCUUGAAGCGAAGCGAGAGUUCCCGCACUUUUUUGAUCACGAGGCUCGAUCUCUUCCUAUGACCAACUUUCUCGAAACCAAUGAUGAGCGAUACAUAGAGGCAUUAAUGAUGGAGGCUCUUCCGAGUGAUCGCGCUGGAUUCCAGAAGUACCUCAGCAAGCGGCCCCUUGGCUUAGGUAUCAUCACCGCAGGACCGGGUUUUGGAAAGACGACUGCGUUGGCUGCUGGAACGAUCGCCAUGUCCUCACUAGGCAAGAUCUACGGCAGCGGACCAACACACGUUGCUGUCGAGAACUUCUCUGCACGCCUCGGCUGCAUCACGGCUAGUGUCACAAACCGCUACAACAAGGACAAGAAGGCUGAUGAUCCCUCUCGAGCUCGCCGCCUGCUCGUCAUUCGUGGCAACAAGAUAAAUGAUGAGGUCGAGGCCUUCUUCAACCUAUUGAAAAGCCCUCGUAUUGGCAAUGCAGCAGCCCCUAACCGGUGGUGGACGCCCCCUUCCAAAUGGACGAUGCACUUAUCCCUUGCGUUCUGGUUACUUGUGCUGCUACGUUCCCCUGGUGUUCAAGAACUUCAUCCAGAUGAUAGUGUAGCUAUCUUCAAGCUGCGUGACACAAUAGACAAGAGGGAUGACUUGGCGCGACUCCGCGCCUACGGGUCUGGUGCCAUGGAAAUGGCCGAGUACGAGAAAGGCGUCACUGUUCCCCGACUCGAGAUUGAGGCGAUCAUGAGAGAGAUUGUGUUCGCUGCCGACAUCGUGUGUACGACUCCGGUGCGAUCUUGUCAGGAGCCAUAUGCCACCUGGAAGAACGAGCACGCUCGGGGAAUUGCUAUUGAUGAGGCUGCGAAUAUCAGCCGGCCUGACUUGUACACGGUGUGGGGCAACACCCUCCUGCCAUGUCUCAUGGCGGGCGACGAGAUGCAGUUAUCUCCUACAGUCAUGACCAUGGGCGACAAAGAUGCUGGCGGAAACCUCUUGAACCGCCUAGGCAACGACGGGAAAAUCUCUCCUCUAUCGUUCCUAAAGGCAACUGGCUGGCCGAUAUACCGACUACGAACCCAGCUCCGAAUGGCCAAUGGGCUAUUCGACCUCGGCCACGAUGAGUUCUACAGCGACGUGCCUAUCGAGUACGGCCUAGGCUGCGAUAUUGGCCUCCCAGGACACCAAAUUGGCCGCCAGCUGGAGACGUUCCUCAACCAAAGGUACCCAGAAUUGACUCCGGCUCAACCCGGGACGAUGCAAGAGGUGUUUGUACACCUCGAGCGCUCGAAUACCUCCGUAGAUAAGUUUACUGGCUCAAGGAUGAACCGCGGCCAGGUCAAAGUCGCACUUGAUCUGAUUCGUGAUUUUGUCAAGGCAACAAAGGUGAGCCCUGCCCGUAUCAUUGUCAUCACGCCUUACAAGGCCAACGUCGGUGUCAUUGAGUCAAUGCGCAAGAAGUCGGACUACUCGAUAAUUUCUGGCAUGCAGCCCGCAGCGACGGUUGAUUCAUUCCAAGGCCGCGAGGGGGAUGUUGCCGUUGUCAUCAUGGGCACAACACGGAGGUCCGGCCCAGGGUUCACGACGGAUGAGCCGCGACUUAAUGUUAUGACCAGUCGCCAAAAGAGCGGGCUAGUUAUAGUUGGCGACAUUAAUGUGGUGGAGUGGAUAGACGAGGGAAGAAGGGUGGAGAGGAAGCAGAAGCAGGAGGACGGGGACAAGACAAAUUCCCUUGAGGUCAUGAGCCGCAAUGGCAAGAAGCAGUGGAUGAGAGGCGCCCCCCUGCAUCGUGUUCUGACGAAGAUUCACAAGAAUGGCCGGAUGGUUCGCGCUCCGGCGCCAAGUUCGGCGGAGGAGGAUGCGAGCAUUUGA